GAGGCGGAGGCGAAGGCGGCGGUGCGGGAGCAUCAUCGUCAUGGUUACCUCCGCGCGGCUCCGCUCUGCCACGGGCUCCCGGACCUGCGUCCGUCCGCCUGCGUGUGUCCGUGCCUCGGUCACCCCGCUCCCUCCUCCCCUGCUCUCUCCCUCCUCGUCUCCGUCUCCCCGUGCCUUCCAGAGGCAGAGCGCCGUGAAGCGCUGCCUGCGCGAUUCCUUUCCCGAGCUGCAGGAGAAGGGGAGAAGUUGCUCGCCCCACCCCGGCCCACCUUCCUCCUCCCCACAGGCAAGGACUGUGAAGGCACAAGGAGGACGUGCUCCAAGUUCCUCUCGUGGUUUCUUCCUUCCCAAGCACCGUGUUGGUGGUGAAGAUGCCAGGGCUGAUCAACCAGAGCUCCCGUUGCCCACUGCUGCUCACCGCCUCCGAGGUGACAUCCUGUGUCAGUGGAUAUGCCCUGGGCAUGACAGCAUCGCUCACCUACUGCAACCUGCAGGCACAGCCCUGCAAAGGGCUCUUCAUCUUCCCCCUGGAUGAAGGCACCACCGUCGUGGGAUUUGAGGCAGUGAUCUGCCAGCGUGCUGUGACCGUGCAGAUAAAGGACAAAGCCAAGAUUGACGACGUGUAUUUGAACAGCAUCAGCCUCCCUGAUGGAGGAGCUCCCAACGGGGGUGGAAGGAUUGUGAUGGAUGAGGACUUGGAGAGGAUUGCUUUUGUGGCCAACCUGGGCACGAUUCCUCCCCUGGAAAGCGUCUCCAUCUUCAUCAGCACCUCCUCUGAGCUGCAGACGCUGCCCAGCGGGGCCGUGCGGGUCCUCCUGCCAGCUGUGUGCGUCCCCAGGGUCCCUCAGCCCAGCCUGGAGAACACCAGCAGCCUUUCCAGCCACCUGCUGAGAAUGGACAAGCAGUGCUGUGCACUGGGGAGCCCAGAGCUUGGGAGCAGUUUCUGUCUGGCCCAGCUGCUGCAGAGUGAUGCCACCAACCCCUCUGAGUACGAGUUCAGCUUCCACCUGGAGAUCCGGGGGCCAUGCUUGCUGGCAGGCGUUGAGAGCCCCACGCACGAGAUCCGAGCAGAUGCCGACCCCUCCGCUCGCUCAGCGAAGAGCAUCGUCAUCACGUUGGCCAACAGGCACACAUUUGACAGACCUGUGGAGAUCCUCAUCCACCCGAGUGAGCCUCACAUGCCUCACAUCUUAAUGGAAAAAGGUGAUAUGACGCCUGCAGAGUACGAACAGCACUUGAAGGGGAAGAAUGAUUUCAUUAAGGGCACAAAGAAGGACCCCAGUGCUGAGAAAAAGACAGAAAUCAUCCGGAAGCGCCUGCACAAGGACAUCCCCCACCACCCUGUCCUCAUGCUGAACUUCUGCCCCGAGCUCAGCACGGCCCCGGCUGACCUGCAGAAAGCUGCUGGAGAAUUCAUCUUCCUGGUGGACUGCAGUGGGAGCAGCACGAGCAUCGGCCGUGCCAAGGAUGCUCUGUUGGUGGCCCUCAAGAGCCUGAUGCCAGCGUGCCUCUUCAACAUCAUCACCUUCAGCUCCACCUUCAAGAUCCUAUUCCCAGCCAGCAGGACGUACUGCGAGGAAAGCCUGGCCGUGGCCUGUGAGAGCAUCAGGAGGAUGCGUGAGGACACAGGGAGCCCCAACAUCUUGUCUCCUCUCAAGUGGAUUGUCCGCCAGCCCAUCCGCAGGGGCCACCCCCGCCUGCUCUUCCUGCUGUCUCACGGGGCUGUGGGCAACGCAGGGAUGGUGCUGGAGAUGCUGAGGAACCACGCCUGCUCCACCAGGUAUGGGGCACAGAGCUGGGGGGCUGCAGCUCACAGCCGAGCCCGUGUCAGGAAGACAGAAACCUCAAAGGGUUUGGAACAGAUCCCAGAAGUUCAGAUGCUUUUCUAACAAUCAAGCACAGGAGAAUUGGGCUG